UGCCUUUAUUUCAUUAAAAAGUGUGAAGGAGUGGAAAGGUAUUUUUGUUGACCAAUUUUGCCCAAACAACUGUUUAUUGUGUGGGCCCUGAGGUAAUGCUCUUUGCCCGGCUGUCACUUAGCAACAGGCUAUUUUCAAUCUAAAUGCUUCCUGUGGUGUGUGGAGCACUUGCAGUAUCUGACAGCAGCAGUGCAGCUGAGACUCAUGUGUGCGCAGUGGACUUCACACACACACACACACACACACACUCACUGUCCGCUAAAGCCAGUACAGCAGCCAGACAGACUGAUCAGUGAGUUUGCCCAACACUGGCAUCAUGAGGAAGAGGCGUGCCACCGCCGGGCCGCUCUGCCCAUAUCAUGGCCACCAGUCUUCGGGCACCAGUGUGACGGUGGACAUCGCGGUGAUGGGCGAGGCCCACGGACUGAUCUCAGAUCUGCUGGCUGACCCCUCCCUCCCGCCGAACACCUGCAGCACCCUGCGGGCCGUCAGUAACCUGCUCAGCACCCAGUUCACCUUCCAGCCGCUGCAUCACCGGCCGCGCUUGAGCCCCCUGCUGGCCUUCAGCGAUGGACACGCCUGCUCCGACUCAGAGGAAAUGCCGGAGAAAGGAGAGAGGCUGGCCAUCUCAAAGGUAAAGCCACACCCACCCAGGCCCUAUGCUAAGCCCCGCCUUAAAAAUACAACUGAUCUUUGCAGCUGUUGUG